AUGCGGUACUGGGGUCGCAACGCAUUAUGCCUCCUCACAGUCAGCAUCCUCCAUCAUGCUGCGGUUUUAGCUGCCCCGGAUCAUUGCGGAAAAGCUUGCCGACAAACAUUCCGAACUCUCCGAUUUGCCGAUGCCCCUCCGGGUGUCUUCUUCACGGUACAGGAAUGCACCAGCCUCAUUUAUCAGAGUUCGCUUCACCUUUGCUGGGAAGCACACUGUGCUGGGGAAGUUUGGCGGGCAGAGUCAGCCUCAAUGAACCUCACAUGUCACGAUAUUAGCGGUUCUUAUCUUCCGCCGCACAACAUCAUCAAUAAUUUGACAGAUCACGACAUCAAAGCUAUCCCAAGAUUCAAUGCUACAAGCCCAGAUCGAUCGCAGGUGUAUGGAUCUUUAAUGCUUCCAUCACAGUCAUACUACGAUCUUUGGGUUAGAACGCUGGAAGCGCACGAUUACAUAUGGGACUACCACAAGUUCUACGGCUGGGCCAUGGGGAUAUUCUGGGCUUUGGUCGUUGGAGUGGGCAUCGCAAACCAUGGUUUGAGCCAACCCUUCUCCAGUCAGGGUCGAAAGAGGUCGUGGGUUAGGCGUAACAUUCUUCUACCUGCAACACUUGGCAGGCGCUGCGUACAGGACUAUGGAGGCUGGGGUACCUUGCCUCCGAGAACACAAACAUUGACUCUCAUUCUUUUCGUGAUCCUCAAUAUUGCAUGUACUAUACACGGAUACGAGAUAUUCGAAGGUUAUGGCUACUAUCCCUCUAUAUGGACGCAAGUGCUGCGACACGUAUCAGAUCGAACUGGAAUACUCUCCUUUGCCAAUUUUCCCUUGAUAUGGCUGUUCGGAAUGAGAAACAACACCGUUAUCUGGUUAACAGGCUGGGACUUCAAAACGUACAACAACUUUCACCGAUGGGUUGGCCGGAUCGCCACUUUACAGGCCGUGAUACAUUCAAUCGGAUACACGAUUAUAAUUCUGCAACGUGGUGGGUGGAAGUACUUCUGUCAAAUAUGGACAUUUACCUUUUGGUGGACUGGGGAACUUGCCACAAUAUUCAUCUGUCUGCUGGUUGGACUUUCGGUGUUUUGGGUGAGACGCCAAAAUUACGAGUUCUUUCUCAUCACCCAUAUUGUUUUAUCAUUUUGGAUCCUCGUCACCAUGCUCGGGCAUGUGUCGAUAUUUAGUGGUGCCUACGACGCUCUUGUGUGGGUUCCAGCAUUCAUCUGGCUUCUUGAUCGGGUCAUUCGCGGACUGCGAAUUGUGGCCUUCAAUCCGAAAUUCUGGGAUACCAAGGCUCUCAUCACCCACAACGAAGAUGCACACAUAAUCCGCGUGACGGUCUCAACUUCUUCGAGUCUCUACAGCAUUGAGCCAGGUGCAUUCUACUAUAUCAUGGUACUCAAUCGAUGGAACUUUUGGGAAAGCCAUCCUUUCACCGUAGCGACAAUAUCGGGAUCCGGCCACUUCGCCGCAGAUACUUUGGAAGAAGACUCACCCUUACUGAACAAUGGAUCCUCUGGUGAACUGAGACCUGCAUCCGAAAAGUACCACCGAGAAAUGUCCUUCUUGAUCCGGCCGUACGAUAGCUUUACUUCGAGGUUAAGGGGGUAUGCUGAAGAGGAACGACCGAAGCCGGCAACGGUACGUGUGGCUAUUGACGGCCCGUAUGGAAAGACUCUGCCUCUUGAACAGUUCUCAAAAGUUCUUUUCAUCGUUGGUGGGAGCGGAAUAGCGGUCCCGUUGUCGUAUAUUCAGAGACUUACGGCAUCCUCAAACAAGACGUCAAGGAUUGAGGUUCACUGGGCUGUGCGACAGCCAGCUUUCGCCGUGGAUGUUCUGAAUCAUGAAUUGAGCGAUAUUCUCGGUAACGAUCGAGUGGAGAUUAACAUCUACCUGACUGCCGGCGAUGUUGAUGGCAGAAUAGCAGGUGACGAGACAAUCUACAGGCUUGCGAAGUGGAGAUCUAAACGAUUGAAUGUCGAAGACAUUAUUGACAGAGCAUUAGAAAAUGACUAUGAAGGAGGCAUCGCUGUAGUCACAAGCGGACCUGCCAAGAUGGCUGAUGAGAGCAGAUUCGUGGUGGCAGCAAGGACAGUGCCAUCUUUGCCGCGUAUUGAGUAUUUCGAGGAAAGCUUCCAGUGGUGA